AAAAUUGUCGGGAGUCCCGACUUCCACAGCUGAUACCACGCCACCCAGCCAGCUUGGGUACAUGGACUAAGCGGCUGCACCGACACCAACUGGGGAAGGAAACCGGAUUCAACUGGCCGGAGCACCUCUCUACCUCUUGCCUCCUCCCAAUUCGCAGUCCCAGCAGGCUGCGCGCCACCGAGGGUGGGGCCUGGUUGAGUGGGAAGAGGUGGAAGCUGGGAGUAGAAGGAAGGCGCAUCUGGUUCCCGAUUCUACUCCCCACCCGCGACCGCACACAGCAAACAUGGCCCAGCAGCCGCCUGACGUUGAGGAGGAUGACUGUCUUUCUGAAUACCACCACCUCUUCUGCCCGGACCUUCUCCAGGACAAAGUGGCUUUUAUCACUGGUGGUGGUUCUGGGAUUGGCUUCCGGAUCGCCGAGAUUUUCAUGAGGCAUGGCUGCCACACUGUCAUCGUCAGCAGGAGUCUGCCGAGAGUGUCCGAGGCUGCUAAGAAGUUGGUUGCUGCCACUGGAAAGCGGUGUCUCCCUCUGUCUAUGGAUGUCCGAGUUCCCCCAGCUGUCAUGGCUGCUGUGGACCAAGCGCUGAAAGAAUUUGGCAAAAUCGACAUCCUCAUUAACUGUGCUGCAGGGAACUUUUUAUGCCCUGCCAGUGCAUUGUCUUUCAAUGCCUUUAAGACUGUGGUGGACAUCGACACCCUUGGUACCUUCAAUGUGUCUCGUGUGCUUUACGAGAAGUUCUUCCGGGACCAUGGAGGAGUGAUCGUGAACAUUACGGCCACCCUCAGUAUGCGGGGGCAGGUGCUGCAGCUCCAUGCAGGCGCUGCCAAGGCGGCUGUGGAUGCUAUGACGCGACACUUGGCUGUGGAGUGGGGUCCCCAGAAUAUCCGUGUCAACAGCCUGGCUCCUGGUGCCAUCAGCGGCACUGAGGGUCUGCGGAGAUUAGGAGGCCCCAAGGCCAGUUCGAAAUUUAAGUAUCUUUCAAGUCCUAUUCCAAGACUCGGAACCAAGACAGAAAUCGCCCACAGUGUGCUGUACCUAGCCAGCCCUCUGGCUUCCUAUGUCUCAGGGAUUGUGCUGGUGGUUGAUGGUGGUAGCUGGAUGACGCUCCCAAAUGACAUUGGGCGACUGCUAGAGUUUGAAUCCUCCUCUGCUAAGCUGUAGUGUUUGAAGAGCACACCCAAGGCUUCAAGCAUGUUAAAGCAACAGAAUCAACUGAACUACGUCCUCUACCCCAGGAUACCUUUUUUGACACAUAAACAUUGAUUAUGCUUAAGAAAGUUGUACUGAGGAGGCCGUGUUCUUCAUGGGGAAGGCUUCCUGUCUCACAUAGGUCUAUAGUCACACAGGGAAUGUUGAAUCUGAUUGGGAAAUCCAAGCCCACCUGCCCUUCCUCCGGGAUCAAGCUAUUUCCAAGCUCUGCCUCUCCUUUGCCCACAUCCUGAGUAGAAAUGGCCGGAUUGUGAGCCUAGCCUGAUACUUGCUUGCAGUAUCUGAAGAGUUCCUAUGAUUUUACCAGAAAAAAAAAUGCACUUUCUUGUAAAAAGAAAAAAUCAUCUUUUUUUACUGUAAAAAUAGCUAUGAGCUGGAAUUUGUAAAAGUUUCUAGAAAGAAAAUUUGAAAGAUUGCUGACUGAUUCUGUCACUGAA